AUUGCACACUUCCAUAUGCACUUGAAGCCCAGUCUCCCUAGGAGACACAGGAUAACAGAAUGACAGUGCAACUGCAAUGCUAGUACAGUUAUAUACGUAGAGAAAGAGAGAGAGGGAGAGCGAGAGGCAUAGGGAGAGAGUUUGAGAAAACAAGGUGGAAGUGAUUUGACAGUUGGAGGAGGAGACAGCACAGUGGGGAAAAGUGAAAAAUAGAAAAAUACAGAAGAAAGAGAACCUGAGAGAGAGAGGGAAGGAGUGGGAGUUGCAGCAGAGAUGUGUGCGGGGACGAAGACGAUCUGUCAGAAGAGUUGAGCUGUGUAGCUCCCACACACAUACACAUACAGGCGGUACAGGGACGGAUGGGAGAAUGAAGAAACAUUCCGCUAGAGUGGCUCCUCUUAGCUCUUACAGCACACAGGUCCUCACCUGCCCCAUCUCCGAAGGAGAUGAAGGCUCAGACUCACAUGCUGAGACUCCAGCCAGCGAGGCCAGCAGAGAGCGAAGCUCCUAUCAGAUGUGCGCCAAUGUAGUUCUGAAGGUGCUGGGUGGCCUGCUGGUGGUCCUUUGUGUGUCCUCGUCCUGGGUAGGAACUACUCAGGUGGUCCAGCGCACCUUUAAGUCCUUCUCCUGCCCUUUCUUCAUCUCCUGGUUCAGUACCAAUUGGAACAUCCUCUUCUUUCCUCUCUACUACUCCGGCCAUGUGGCCAUCACCAGGGAGAAGCAGACACCCAUUCAGAAAUUCAGGGAGUGCAGUCGACUGUUUGGGGAAGAAGGGAUGACUCUGAAGCUGUUUCUGAAAAGAACAGCACCUUUCUCCAUUUUAUGGACGUUGACUAACUAUCUGUACCUGUUGGCAUUGAGGAAACUCACAGCCACAGAUGUUUCAGCACUCUACUGCUGCCACAAGGCUUUUGUCUUCCUGCUGUCCUGGAUUGUCCUCAAAGAUCGCUUCAUGGGUGUGCGGAUUGUAGCCGCCAUAAUGGCCAUCACAGGCAUCGUCAUGAUGGCCUAUGCUGAUGGUUUCCAUGGAGACUCCAUCAUAGGUGUGGCUUUAGCAGUAGGCUCAGCCUCCACCUCUGCACUCUACAAGGUGCUGUUUAAGAUGUUCCUGGGGAGUGCCAACCUAGGAGAGGUUGCCCACUUCUUCUCCACCAUGGGCUUCUUCAACCUGAUCUUCAUCUCCUGCGUACCCCUCAUCCUCUACUUUACUAAGGUGGAGCACUGGGGUUCCCUCUCCUCUCUGCCUUGGGGCUAUUUAUGCGGAGUGGCCGGCUUGUGGCUUGUGUUCAACAUUCUGGUAAAUGUAGGUGUGGUUCUCACCUACCCAAUCCUCAUAUCUAUUGGGACCUUACUCAGCGUUCCAGGCAAUGCAGCUAUUGAUGUGCUGAAACAUGAGGUGAUCUUUAGUGUGGUGCGUCUGGCUGCUACCUGCAUCAUCUGUGUGGGCUUCCUGCUCCUGCUGCUGCCUGAAGAGUGGGAUACGGUCACUUUACGCUUCCUGGCCGCCCUCGCUGACAAGAAGUCUGAAGAGCAUGGAGAGGAACUCACAGAGUCCAGCAUCCACACGCGUAGCCGAAGCAGAGCCAAUGGAGCUGUUUCCAUCCCCAUGGCAUGACCUUCAGCCUCUACACCAUCUCUGACCUGAAGAAGACGUGCUAGAGCUGAAGAAGCGCCAUGAAGGCCGUGUCUGGGUCAUGGCUACUUUUAGGAUGUUCCGGAGGUGUCUAGUAGAUGAGUGGGGAGUCAUGGCGAAAUUAACAGCCACAAUACCAACUGUGAGAAAAUCGGUGCGAAAUAGAGAUCCAUUCUGUUACUUCUUUGACAUUUAAAUGAAACAACACUAGGGCAUUUUUCAGACUGGACAGAGAGAAACAAAAUCUCCCUUUCAUAACAGAAAGAUUUUUAUUUGCAGUAUUUAUUUUUCAGCUGAGAUUUCAUAUUUGCAAUUUCUGUGGGGAGAAAGACUUUCAUGAUUAAUACAAGCAAAUAGCCUUUCCUUUUGCACGCCCCUAAUCCCCGCCCCCCCUCCCUUCAUGUUGCCUGUUGAACCCUGAAGCACCCCACAUGGACUGUAUUCUGUGAAUAUAGACUCAAUCAGGGCCAAUUUGGCUCAUUGUAAAAUGAAUGCAUUCAGAGAUAACUAUAAUACAGAGAUAAUUAAAUUGUAUUUAAAGGAAUUAUACUGUAUAUAUGGAGGGGAAGUGUAUUAUGCCAUAUAUAAAUAAGGCUUUUUUCUUUUUACAAUGAAAGGAAAAAUAAAGAUUUGCUUCAGAA